UUCGUUUCUGACCGUCAGACAUACCAGACGUGUUCUAGAUCUCCCACAAGAGGUCCGUUGCAGGAGAUUGUAUCCAAAUAUUCGUUUUUAUUUUCCGAUUUCCAAUUUCAUCGUUUACUUAUUUUCCAGGUGCAACAUAAAAGUAACCGGUGUGUUUUAUGCGCUGGCGCACUGCAAACGUUGGUACGAUGGAAAUACGAUACUAAUUUUAGUAAAUAUAAUGUGGAGGAAAAACUAUUUAGCAUAUUUAACAAGAGUCCACUAUAUUAUGUUAAAACCUUGAGAACCGAUAUUGAAUAAACGACGCAGCUUUUAUAAACAGUCCAACCUUUUAUAAGAAUAUUAAAUAGAAUUAGAUAGAAUAAACGAUAUGUUAUUCUAUCUGCUUAAUGCCUUUAGCAUUGCAUCAUUUGUAUUAGCCACAACUGGAGAAUCUACGCUUCCUGUAACUACAUGUAAACGCAAUUCAACUGAUUAUUCUGCCUGUUUAAAAAAUGCUAUAGAGGAAGCAUUGUCACGAUUAAUUCCAGGACUUCCAGAAUUUGAUUUUCCAUCGUUGGAUCCACUAUUUUACGAAUAUGGUACAGCGAUACUUGAUACAGGCGAUUUACGUGGAGAAGUAAUUAUGUCAAACGUCACUGCUAUUGGUUUAGCAAAAGUUCAUAUUUUGGAUGUAAGAACAAACUUUUAUGAUGAUGUUUUCCGUUUGGAAAUCGACACACAAGUACCAAAAUUGUUUAUAGAAGGUGACAUAAAAGUAAAUGGUACUGUAAGUGUAUUCAAAGCUCAUGGUAAAGGUUACUUUAAUAUGACUGGUGAUGAUAUUAGAACAACAUGGGAUAUAAUAGGACACGUAGUAAACGAUACAUUAAUUAUAAAACAUUUUUAUGCCAGUCCAUUGUUCACAAAAUUUAAAGUGUAUUUUGAUAUUUUCUCAAAUCAAAGCAAAAUAUUCAACGAUUUGAUUAUAACUUUUGUAAAUGAAUUCUGGCCGGCAAUACAUCGAGCAACAUUACCAAUAGCGACCAAAGUGUGGGACUCAUGGUUGACUAACUUUCCCAAUAAAUUAUUCUCGAAAGUUCCCUUUUCAAAAAUAUUUCCAUAAAACUAAUGUACGGAUUAUAUGUCAAAAAAAUGCAAAUUUCUUAUAAAAUUAAAAAUACAUUUAUCUUUGUAAACGUGAAUAAUAUAUGACAA